AUGAAACCUUUCCUCGUAGUGCUAAUCAUUUUAAAGUUAUGUUACAGUGCCAAAAUCUUAGGGGUGAUCUCAUUUCCCUCCUACAGUCACCAAAUGUUCUACAGACCCCUUUGGAGGGAGUUAUCUUUAAGGGGACACCAAGUAACAAUAAUAACAACAGACCCGAUGAACGACACCAGCUUAACCAACCUGACGGAAAUAAACACCCACGUAACAUACGAGGCGUUAGCCAGGCACAACAUACUGGACGCAGCUGCGGAAGCUAGCCUCGGCGCAGCUGUCAGUUUGCUUGGAGGUUUACUCCAAGACCUCACCAAGACGCACUUUAAUGUACCGGAGGUUAGAAAACUGAUUAAUAGUGAUGCGGAAUUCGACUUGGUGAUGUUCGAGACCCAGAUUUUCGCCGCCCCCAUAGUUUACUCGUGGAGGUUCAAGUGCCCCUCCAUAGGGGUCACUUCUUUCGACGCCGCCAUGGAGUAUCACUACAACCUGGGGAAUUUGGUUCACCCCGUGGUGAAUCCCGACUUCAAUUUGUACGUGAAGAAUACCAGCCACAUGAGUUACUUCGAAAGGGUUAAAAGUACCGUGUACAGUGUACUCUUGAAUUACUAUAUGUACAACUAUUAUUACCCCAUACAGGAGGAUGUGUUGAGGGGGUUUUUCGGGAGUACAAUGCCUUCGUUAUGGGAGAUGACGAAAAAUGUCAGCAUGUUGUUUAUUGGAACGCACCCGGUUCUCCAUGAUGUCAGGCCCAUUAACCCUCAUACCAUUACGCUUAGUACCAUAUAUUUAAAACCGAAAAAACCAUUGCCAACGAGUAUCCAACAAUAUUUGGAGGAAUCCCAAAAUGGCGUGAUAUAUUUCAGCUUGGGAACCAAUGUUAAAGACAACGUUUUUAAUUCGGAGAAAAAAAAUGCCAUACUAGAAGCAUUUGCAGAAUUACCCUAUAAUGUUUUAAUGAAAGCCCACUGGGUUAAUAUUCGAAUUCCCAAAAAUGUUAGGAUGGAAAAAUGGCUGCCUCAACACGAUAUAUUAAGACAUAAAAAUGUGAAGCUGUUUAUCACACAAGGCGGUAUAAAUUCGUUGACAGAAUCUUUGUCGUCAGGUGUACCUGUAUUAAUAAUUCCAUUUUUUGGGGACCAAUUAACGAAUACACAGAAAGCCAUCAAAAUGGGGUAUGGCUUGAAAUUGGACAAAAACCUCAUUACCACCGAAAAUGUAAAGGAAAAAGUAACCACUUUGAUAAAAAAUCCAAAAUAUCGCGAACGAGCUGAUGAGUUGGGCAAAAUACUGCUGGACCAGCCAAUCUCAGAUCUGGAUAAAGCAGUUUAUUGGGUUGAAUACGUCAUACGGUAUAAGGGUGCCCACCAUUUAAGAAGUAACGCCACUGAUUUACCCUUAUAUCAAUAUUAUUUAUUGGAUGUUUUAAUGCUAUUUUUAGCCAUUACCAUAGUUUUACUUGUUUUUAUGUACAGACCUUUGAAAAUGUUAUUGAGAUAUUUAAGAAAAGUUAUUGUGAUUGCCUGCAAAAAGUUUUUCUUGUGGUAUAAUAAUAGGAAAUUUGUAACGCCAAAAGGUGUUAAAAUUGUUUAG